GUUUUAGUCAGGCAAUAACUCAGACACGUCUUGAUAGGAAAACAUGCGCCUCAUGCACAUUGCAGAAAGCUUCGUCUUCUCCUUCCUCUCUGCAGAGCGGUUCAUAGUUCUGCACAGAUUGAGGUUUCAUUAUAAACCCAGCUAACGAUUAAAGUGUUAGGUGUUCGUGUGUGUGCUGUCAGUUUCUUACGUGUGUGUGGUCUUAAAACAACUUUAAGCAUGCCUAAAAGAGCCAAGAAGAAUGAGGAAGCUGUCGAGGGGGAGACUGGCAAUGGAGCUGAACCUGCAAAGAAAGAGAAAAAGGGGAAGGAGCCAGAGGCCCCAAUUCUGUAUGAAGAUCCUCCAGAUAAGACGUCCAGUAAAGAUGGCCGAGCGUCUAACAUGAAGAUCACCUCCUGGAAUGUGGACGGUCUGCGUGCGUGGGUCAAAAAGAAAGGCCUUGAUUGGGUGCUUAAGGAGGAUCCAGAUGUGCUGUGUCUGCAGGAGACUAAGUGUGCUGAGAAAGCCCUGCCAUCUGAGAUCACUGACAUGCCUGAGUAUCCACACAAGUACUGGGCUGGAUCAGAGGAGAAGGAGGGCUACAGCGGAGUCGCCAUGCUCUGCAAGACUGAACCGCUCAGUGUCACCUUUGGUAUUGGUAAAGAGGAACAUGAUAAAGAAGGUCGGGUGAUCACUGCUGAGUUUCCGUCUUUCUUCCUGGUCACGGCGUAUGUGCCUAAUGCCAGUCGUGGUUUGGUGCGACUCGACUACCGUAAGACCUGGGAUGUGGAUUUCCGGGCCUACCUGAGUGGCUUGGACCAGCGCAAGCCCCUGGUGCUGUGUGGAGAUCUGAAUGUGGCCCACCAAGAAAUUGAUCUCAAAAACCCCAAGGGUAACCGCAAGAAUGCAGGCUUCACCCCUGAGGAGCGUGAGGGCUUCACCAAACUUCUGGAGGCUGGUUUUACUGACAGUUUUCGGGAGCUGUAUCCAGAACAAGCCAAUGCCUACACCUUCUGGACCUACAUGAUGAAUGCUCGAGCCAAAAACGUCGGGUGGCGUUUGGACUACUUUUUGCUGUCAUCCGCCUUGCUUCCAGGUCUCUGUGACAGUAAGAUCCGAAACACAGCCAUGGGAAGUGACCACUGUCCUAUUACCUUGUAUUUGGCAGUGUAGAUCAGGUUUCUCACGGCCCCAAGCUUUUCCGUUUCAUCAGUUUCAAGGAUCUAGUCCUGUUAGACCUAGAAUACUAUUUCCUUUCUAAAAACAAAAUACAGGCCCACAUACAGGAAUAUGUGUGGUGCAGACACACAUUGAAAGGAGACGUGAAUAAAUUGUUUUGCAAUUUUGGUUUAUUCUGCUUUUAUUGGUCGCCUGAAAUCAGAUUUUAACACUAAAUUAUCACUAAAAAAUCAUAAUUUCAAGCUCUUAUUUCACUUUAUAUUUGCAAUGUUUUAAAAAAAACAACAACAUACUUUUAUCUAAAUGACAAACCCUGCCAAACUCAUCAGUGUUGAUCAUAGCAAAACGUUUUGAAGCUUGUAAAAUAUCUCGACCUGCAAGGAUAUAUGAUGUGUCUGAUUUGAAUGAAGUUAAAGAGAUUUUGUCUUUGGUGCUAUUUUAACAUCUGGAUUUUAAAUUACACUCGAUUUAGUGAAGUUAGUGGUGGUUAAAUAUUACAUAUGCCACUUUGUUUCAAAAGACCAAUGAUUUUGCUUAUGUGCUGUUUUUUUCUUCCCGAGUAUGUCUGUCUGUAGCCAUUUUUCAGAUUUUGAAAUAAAGUAGUUUAUAAAAAAAUAA